CCAUGAGCUUACUUCACUACCUUUAACCCGAGCCAGACCUUAGAAAGACAGAAGAGAUUGUUCGAUUACGCUCAGACGGCACUUGGUGAUCUGACAGGCAUAGCGGCUCCAAUUAUUCGGCUCAGCUCGGUGGUAUGCCUAGACUCCGAUCGCCGGUCUCGAUCUAAUGGAAUGGAAGAUGCCGCCUAUCACUUGCGAAUUGGGCUUCCUCUUCGAGCUAUGUAGACCGUGUACUAUUCCGACUAUCCCGACUUUUCUGUUCAAUAAUCGAGAUAAGCCAUUCUCAUCAUGGCCGAGAUCGAGAAUCGUGGCCCAGUGCUGCUGGGAAUCUGCAUCGCCUUGCUGGCGCUUACCUUAACGGCCAGUCUUUUACGAUGCUAUUCACGAAUAGGCGUUUCGAAAGCCUUCGGCGCCGACGACUGGACCAUGAUGGCAGCCACUGUCUCAUUUAUACUCUUCGUCAUCUGUGCCAUAACCGGCGUUCAUUACGGCACUGGGCGUCAUUUUAAAGAUUUAAGUGUUCCGAAUAUCCAGAAGGCGAUGAUGUACUGGUGGUUUUGCUACAUUUGGUACUGCCUCACUAUGAUCGCUUCUAAAAUCUCCAUCGGCAUUUUCCUUCUACGACUUACUGUCAAGAAAAUUCAUCACUGGAUUAUCUAUCUUUGUUUACUAUUAACUGUCGUUACUGGACUUGUCUUCUUCUUCGUCACACUUUUACAGUGCAGUCCUAUCUACUACUUUUGGAUCCGGGUCGACGUGAACGCAAAGGGCACUUGCAUCGAUACUGGUAUUAUUGUGGCUCUCACAUACCUCUAUAGCGCUCUAAACGUUAUAUGCGAUUUUACAUUCGCUCUCCUUCCUGUAUAUUUGAUUAUGGGUCUGCAGAUGGAUAAAAAGACCAAGAUUGCCCUCAUCCCUAUCUUGGGUAUGGGUUGCAUUGCAAGCUCCGCUGUUGUCGUCCGUUUUGCCUAUAUUGAAAGAUUCAAGGACCCUGACUUUUUAUGGGCAACAUUAGAUAUCGCGAUUUGGUCGACCACAGAGCAAGCCCUGGCAAUCACAGCCGGCAGUCUAGCGACACUACGUCCAUUAUUCCGAUCUGUUGCGCAAAGAUUUGGAUUUUCGACCCAAAAAUCGAAAAUACCACGCACAGAUGAGAUGCCAAAGACCAUUGGCAGCUCAGCUAACGCCAGGAGCAACGUCAGGAACACCAAAGGAAGCCGUGGGCCAUUCAGCCUCACAACGUUCAUGGAAGAGGACAACGAUCUCGAAGCAAAUAGCAAGAGAGACAUGGACGGCGACAUCAAGUUGAAUAACGUCAUCUUACGAACUACGGAUAUCACCGUCAACCGAAGCAGCAAGUGGGGACUAUCGAGAGAGGGCGCUCAAUUAAACGAGAGCGAAGAAGAGUUGCAUAUCAAGUCUUCAAAGGAGGGAUUCGGUGCCUCAAGGACGACACCCAAGAGUUUCUUGGACGACGGACGAUCUAGACAUAGCGAUGGCUCAAGAUAAGAUCUUACCUGAAGGACCGACCUUUUUAACCACGUCAACAUGUAGUAUGCUAAGAGCUUAUAUGGCAUGAAAUUACAUUUGUAUAAUACAACUAAUGUAGUAAGAAGACUAGGUACUUCGUAAUCUUGGACGUCUUUAUAUCUAUAUUACUUUAAUCGCGCUUUCGCUGGCGAAUAUCCUAGUUAGUUACGGGACUUUCAGGUUAAGAUGGGCGUCUUACUUGGCCUUGCGAAAAUAUUAAUAGCUAUUUCGAAUGGGAUUUAACCUUAGGUUAUUGAGGAUAACCUCCAUAUUCUAAUUAGUGGCUAUGUGAGCCCCUAUCUACAAUGUAGCAUAUAAUAACUAGAGAGAGUGUAGUCAGUGGCAGCGUCUUAUAUAUUGAUUGACUUGC